AUGGAUUCUCUACAACCUUCCCUGGAACUUGCAGCCUUGUUUGAAAGCUUCUAUUCUCUGCCACUAUCCGACAUCAGCACACGUGGAGAGUUCCAACGUCUCUUACAUUCAGAUGCUGAUAAAGAACGAAUCCUGGAGUCAAUACCCAACACGCCAAAUCCCUCUCAUCGCCCACUCGCUUUACUACGUCUAUUGCUGAGCGAGCUACCGGGUUCAUGGCCGACAUUUCCUCUUAUCAGAUGCUACACAAGGCUAUAUCAUUUGAUGCCAGAAGACGCAAAGUCUCGUCGGGACGAGAGCCUAGCACAUCUGGUUCGUGAUACCUUGGAACUGGUCAAGAAGUCGUACCAAUCUUUUGCCUCUUUCCUCGUCUCCGAUUCGCAACCGGCUUUGCGAUCUUCAACACCAGGGGACUUCAUCACCCAUAAUGGGCUACGGAGGUUUGUUGAUACUUUUCACCUUCCAACGAGCAGUAUGGCCCGCAAGCCGAUUGUCGCAAUAGCUCUGCCUAAUGGCCCCUUGCUGGCGGCCACUUGCAUCGCUGUCACCACCUAUUAUACGUCUGCGCCAAUCAACCCCACUGCCGGUGCUGAGCAAUUCCGCGCAGACAUUCAGCAAGCUGGUGCUCAGUUCAUACUGACUACGAGUGAGGACUGCGAGAGGCUCGGCCUGAGAGACCCGUGGGUUGCCGCAGCAGGGAUCGAGGUCUUUGUGAUGAGAUGGGACAACAGUGACGGGAUCGAUAUCCGCGACCUUGGGGGCUCUGUUCUCCCAGUCCAAAGACAGAAACCUAAGUAUAACGGGCCAGAUGACUUCGGACUGAUACUUUUCACAAGCGGCACUUCUGGCACCAAGAAAGUCGUGCCCCUGACGAUACAUUCCAUCAUCGCCGGUAUCAGCUUUGUAGUGGACUCGUGGGGGCUGUCCGCAUCAGACGUAUGCCUCAACAUGAUGCCUUUAUACCAUGUUGGUGGUUUGGUCAGAAAUAUCUUUGCUCCCAUCUUCUCGGGCGGCUCGACUGUCUGCUGUCCAGCGUUCGAUCCCAGUCUGUUCUGGGAUGUUGUUCAGGAGGUGCCGGUAACCUGGUACUACGCAUCUCCGUCCAUGCAUUCAGUCAUUUUGGCUGCGGCCUCCGAACGCCAGGCCGCUCUGCAGCAGAGCCGCAUCAGAUUGGCAUGCAAUGCUGCUGGAGGUCUCUUGCCGUCGCUGGCGUGCCGACUUCGAGACACCUUCAAUUGCACUGUUCUUCCAAGCUAUGGAAUGACCGAAUGUAUGCCGAUAUCGACGCCCCCCUUGGAUUAUCAGCUUGACAGAGAGGGCACUUCGGGUGUCAGUACGGGGCCGGGAAUCUCCAUUCUAGACUGGUCAGACUCACCAGUCGCAAUUGGCGACGUGGGUAGGAUAUGCGUCCGCGGUGAGCCCGUGUUCCCCGGAUAUCUCAAGCCAGACGGAACCCUGGACAGAUCACCAUUCAAUUCAAACGGCUGGUUUGACACUGGCGACCUUGGCUACAUGGACGAAGAUGGCUAUCUUUACAUCACUGGACGGAGCAAGGAAGUGAUAAACCGAGGUGGCGAACUCAUCUCGCCGUUUGAAGUCGAGAAUGCGAUUAUGCGCUCCUCCAUGUCGCCAGAGUCGCCCCUGCAUGGGCGUGUCACCCAGGCUCUUGCCUUUUCCGUACCCCAUGAUGUACUUCAGGAGGUGGUCGCGGUAGUGCUAGUCACACCAGCGAAUGCUCCUCGGGUCGAUCUGAAGACAUUGCAAGCUUCGUUGCGGUCAUCGCUCCAGCAGGUCAAGUGGCCAGUUCUCAUCACCUACAUGGAUGAUCUGCCGAAGAAGAACAACAAAGUGUUGAGAAUCAAAUUGGGCCAACGGUGCGGCAUUCCGGAACUGACGGACAACACGCCGUACUUGAGCAGGCAUUGGCAGGCUAUUUGCCCCCUGCCAGACACCGAUCUCUCAGUCCCUAUCAAGUCAUCGCCCUGCACGCUUGACUACAGCAAAAUAUCAGUCUGCUUGGAUGAGGUGUUUCCACUCAGCAGCUUCAGGCACUAUUGCAGACAACAUCAUCUCAGGGGUACCGUGGAAGCUUUCAUUGCCCCAGCCGAGGGCAGCACAGGGGCACCGAAACACCAGCUCGAUCAAUUGAAGACAGAGCUGUCCAAACGGAUCCACGGAUACAUGGUUCCUGAACAUAUACACCUGCUUCCCGAUCCCCUCCCCCUAGAUCGUUGUGGCGCUGUCGAUAAUGAUGCAUUGGAUGCACUCCUUGCAGCCAUGGGCGGCGCCUCUUUACAAGAACUUGAGGCAUCCAUCGAGGGAAGAGUCAGGAAAGUUUUUGGGGAGAUUCUCUGCCAGCCUCCAGGGGACAUCGCGCUCGACGUCGACUUCUUUGCCCUUGGGGGGGACUCUCUGAAGGCAGGGCGCCUCGUAUCCGGCUUACGAUCAACUUUCAAUACUCAAAUCCCCAUCAGUCUCGUAUUCAACCAAGGGACUGUUUCCGCCAUUGCCAUCUUCAUCGAGAAAACGGCAGACUUUACACCUGUACAUUCAGCUCACGAGGAAAAGGUCGGCUGUUCAAAGACCUACAGCUCCACGAAUCCUUUGCUUAUGCUGGUUCAACUCAUCCCUCUCGCCAUUAUAUACCCACUGCGCCGUGCCGUCCAAUGGACUGCCUUUAUCCUCGUCAUGAGUUACGUGCAGAGAUGGCCAACAAAUCAUCACACCGCAGGUCGGCUUCUUAACGUGGCGGUGUCAGUCAUGUUUUCUAAAUUCAUAAUCAGAAUCGUUUGCCCGAUUUUCGGCAUCAUGGCCAAGUGGCUGAUCAUUGGCCGUUACCGUGAGGGACUCUAUCCCAUGUGGGGAGCAUACCACACACGCUGGUGGAUGGUCCAGAAGAUUGUGAGCAUUUGCGGGAAAGGAUUAUUCAACACAAAUGACUUCACGAAGCGGCUGUACUUGCGCCUGAUGGGAGCCAAGAUUGGUAGAGACGUCAAGAUCGCUGGGACAUCGCUUGGAGAAUGGGAUCUCCUCGACAUCCGAGACGGCGCAACUCUGACGCGCUGUCUCUGUCGUCCCUUCGCUGCGGAAGGCAACACGUCCAUGUAUCUGGGCCGGAUUGUUAUUGGAGAGAACUCCUCCAUCGGUAUAUCUUCCGUAAUAGCACCCGGAUCCGUGGUUCCUCCCAAUACCUGCAUAGGGCCAAACUCAUCCAGCUGGGAGCUUGAGGAUGCCGACGAGGAGAACCGAGAUCUUUCUCCUAGCGCAGCACCGAAACCGCAUCUGCUGCUCACCUGCUUGUUCACUGUCCCACUGGUAUUCCUCUCAUGGAUUCUAUCGAUGCUGCCCUGGAUGGCUGGCCUCGUCGGCAUGGUACAGGAUAUGCCUUCACCAGAAGCUUCAUCACUGAGGGACAUUCUGGACUGGUUCUCAGAGACUAGAAGAGUGGCAUUCCACUCUCUUGCUCUCAUAUUGCGUUGUCUUGUCGGCCCCUUUAUGUUCUUUGCGUUUGCCGUGCUCGUGAAGUUGCUGCUGGAUGCCAUACUGGGAAAGAUGACCUUUGCCUCUGCAAGAGACCGAGGCGCCAUCGUCACCUGGCGAGCGGAUCUAAUGAAGACGCUGCUACCGGUUUCACGCCUGCACGAUGUGACCUCGAUGUUUGGGCAGCAUUAUGAAGCAACCUCUAUAGCCGUGCGGCUUCUCGGGGGUCGGAUUGGCAAGCGAGUCUAUUGGCCGGGCACGGGUCCAAGCAUUGGUGACUAUCAUCUCUUGGACAUUGGCAACGAUGUUGUCUUUGGCUCCCGAGCCCACCUCGUCACCUCGGAUGGCACUGGAUCUGAGAAGAUUACUAUUCAAGACCGUGCCAUGAUCGCAGAUCGUGUAUGCCUGCUUCCUGGAGUCACUGUCGGCGAGCAAACAACUAUGGGUUCUGGCGCCUUGACACGCCGAGGAAGCUCUUACGUGCCUGGCGGCACCUAUGUCGGCUCCAAGGGUCGUGAUUGUGUCCACCUGUCCGGCGGCGAUAGCACAGCCCAAGAUGAGAAGAAGCUUGCUCGACACCGCAUGCGGCACAUGAGCAGCGAUGAUACUCUCAUGAGCUCUAAGGCGGAUCUGAAGAAGGGCUCCGUACGAACGCAGAUUCAACGCUCAGAAAAGGUUGAGGCGGACCACAUGUCCCCAUUUGGACGUGCGUUUUAUCUGAAGCUUGCGCCUUACCGCGUCCUAGGCCCUUUCACCAUCUUCUGCUACUCUUCGUUCAUCACUGUCUUCACCUCCUUUUACUGGAAUGUGCCUAUAGUUGCCUGUGUACAGCUGGUUGACUUGCUCAUGAAUCGGUUCAUCCCCCGGGAUUCAGGGUUCGCGUUCAACGUCAUGGUUCUUUUCCUAAUGUCUUGGGCCGGCAUUGCAGCACUCUUCACGAUCAUGGCCGCCGUGGCGCUUCUCAUUGUCGUUGCGAGCAAGUGGAUUCUGCUGGGCCGCCGCAUGCCUGGUAACUACGACUGGGACAAGUCCUCCUAUUGCCAGCGGUGGCAGCUGUUCCUGAGCAUCGAGCGGCUUCGACGCCGUUGCUUCCAUAGCCAAGGAGUCCUGGGGCUUCUCACGGGGACGCAUUGGAUUGUGCUCUACUUCCGAGCGCUUGGAGCGGACAUUGGUAAAGACUGCGCUCUUUUCGCCAAUGGCAGUCCUAGUUUGAUGUUCACGGAGCCCGACUUGAUUACGCUUGGAGACCGAGUGACCAUUGACGAUGCCAGUGUCGUGGCUCAUAUUAACACUCGAGGCAAGUUUGAUCUGAACAGGCUGAGCAUUGGGGAUAGAUGUGUGAUGCGGUCAGGGAGCAGACUGCUGAGCGGUGCUACGAUGAAGAACGACAGCUGUCUCCUGGAGCACACGCUCAUUAUGGGUGGCGAUGUGGUGGAAGAGAACUGGACGAUGCAGGGAUGGCCUGCGGAGAGAUUUACUGGGAAGCGAGCAGAGACGACUCAGUAA